AUGGCUGACGUUUCGGCGACUUCGCCGACUGCGGGUCCCGCACAUAACAUCACGGCUCUGAGGAAGGCGAAGUCGCCGAAACGUCAGCCAUCCCGGCUGCACUCAUUUGCCAUUCAUACAAUGGUGCUGGCGAUGAACAUGGUGGUUCCAUCAUGCGCCACCGAUACACCGUCACCGCCGAAAAGUCUGGUCAUUCGCAAUAGUACCAGUGACGACAUUGUUCUCAAGAUGGUAUGUGAACCACCGAGAAUUAUUCAGAUCGAAGCAGAAAAGCUUGUCGUUGACUCAAGGCGAUUCGUUAUUGUCGGUGUGGCAAUCAACAGCACCGAGCUUGCAAAUUGUGCCAAGAGAUCACUACCAAAAAUCUAUGUAUAUGCGAGACCAGUAACUGCAUACAACGAGCGGAGUUUACGUCAAUGGCUUACCGGCAGCCAUAACCUUAAGAAUUCACAGCUGGCAUUUAUCAUCACUGUAAACGUCAACAAUAGUAACUAUCCAACCAGGUGUCUGAUUCUUGACCUUCCUGGCCAUGCAUCAUUGGUGGAUCCACUUACGAACGCCAUCAAUGCUAUAGUGGACGAAGACUGUACGACCGCCAUCAACAUCGAAGAUGACACGGACACCGCCAACAUAUUUGAUGAAUACGAUAGGUGCUUUGCACUACGACAUCGGAAUGAUCUUCAGCAAAGGUGCGGUUGCUAA